AUGGAAAAACCUCCAACCAGCAUCCAAAACAUCACAACUCCAUGGCUUUGCCUUCAAACUCACUCAGAAAAGCUUCAAAGCUCUGAUCCAAAACAAACAACCUCAAAAAGAACCUUCGCAGAUGCACUCAACAAUGUUUGUGACAUUCCGGUUUCGCAGCUACCUCAGCCGGUAAUCAAAAGAGAUAGAAUAGAAAUCAAGAUACCAGAAGAUGAAUACCAAGCUGAACUUGCUACAUGCAAGCACAAUUUUAAUGGAAGAAUGUUGUGGCCUAAAGGAUCAACACCCUUGAAGGUGAUUGACUUGAAAAGCAAGUUAUCUCCUCUCUGGAAAUCACUUGGUAAGCGGGGAAUCAUGCAAGCCUUCACUACGAGGUUAAAAGAGAAAAACUUGAUAAGAAGUAACUGCCGGGAGUUUUUAUUGGCGAUAGCGACUCUUGAAAAGCUUAUAGAGUUUUCCAACCUCAAAAUGGAAAAAUUCUUAGGUACAAGACCUUUAUCUGAGAUAUAUGGAAGAAGCAAUGUUGUUGUGUUAGAACUGGCAGAGUUUAAAGAAGCUAAAAAGGAUAACAAAUCUCAAAAUAGGAAGAUAAUUGGUGUUAAGUGGGUUUAUAGGACCAAACUAAAUGAUGAUGGUUCAAUAAACAAGCACAAGGCCAAGUUAGUAGUUAAGGGAUAUAGCCAAGUGUUUGGAGUAGACUUCUCGGAAACGUUUGCUUCGGUGGCACGCUUGGAUACCGUAAGGAUGUUGCUUGCUUUAGCUGCCCAUAAUGCAUGGAAGAUAUAUCAAUUGGAUGUUAAAUCAACUUUUCUAAAUGUCUAUCUUGAAGAAGAGAUUUACGUUGAGCAGUCUGAAGGUUUCAAAGUGAAGGGACAAGAGGAGAAGGUUUACUUGUUGAAGAAGGCCUUAUAUAGUCUUAAACAGGCUCCAAGGGCCUAG